AUGGGGAAGACAUGUGGAAUGGGAGCUGCUCGCAAGCUCAAGUCCCAUCGCAGGAGGCAAAGGUGGGCUGAUAAGUCAUACAAGAAAUCUCAUCUUGGGAAUGAGUGGAAGAAGCCUUUUGCUGGUUCUUCCCACACAAAGGGAAUUGUUCUUAAAAAGAUAGAGGGUAUUAUAUUGAGUGAUGAAAAUGUAUUUGUUUUAUGUAGAGGUAUUGAGGCCAAGCAGCCCAACUCUGCUAUUCGAAAGUGUGCCAGGGUUCAACUCAUAAAAAAUGGGAAGAAGAUUGCUGCUUUUGUCCCAAAUGAUGGUUGCUUGAACUACAUUGAAGAGAAUGACGAAGUUUUGAUUGCUGGAUUUGGACGGAAGAGUCACACUGUGGGAGAUAUUCCUGGUGUCAGGUUUAAGGUUGUGAAGGUUUCUGGUGUCUCUCUUUUGGCUCUCUUCAAGGAGAAGAAGGAGAAAUCGAGGUCUUAAAUGUGUUGGACAGUA